AUGGAAUUAAUACAAGAAUCUAAUAAAAACAUUAAUGACAAUGAAAACAUUGAAAUUAAUGGAAGUGAUAAUUUUAUUAAUCAAGAAAAUGAGUUACAUGUUAGUGUCAUAAAACCAAUAACAAAAAAAAUUAUUCAUUGUACCAAUACAAAAAUAAAUGCUUUUUAUAAACCAGUUGAGUUAGUUGAAGAAGUAAAUUCUUACGUUAAAAAAGGUGAUGAAUACCUUGUAAAUUUAUAUGAAGAUUUAAAAAAAUUAGAAAAUGAGAAGGAAGCAGAAUUAAAAAAUAAAAAUACAAAUCUAAGAAAAAUAAAAUUUCGAAAUAUAUUUAAUAGCAAAAAUCCUAAUAAAAAAAAUCCAAACAAAAAGAAUCAAUUCAAAUUAUUUAAAGAAGAUGAAAGUAUAAUACCUAAAAUUGAAACAGUAUUUGUACCAAAAUUAGAAAAAAAUAUUGAAGUGGUUAGUAAUUUAAAAGAAAACAUUAACGUUGAUUAUACUUAUUUAGUUCCAAAACCUAUAGUUAUUCCUGUUGAAGUCCCUAUUUUAAAAUUUAAAGAUCAUUUUAAAAUAGUUCCUAUAAAGAAAAAAAUUAUACCGGUUAUAAAAUAUAGUGAUGAUAUUAUUUAUGUAGAUUGCUGUGUUGAAAAACCUUAUAUAAUUUUAGAAAAUGUUAUCGUACCUGUUCCCUUUGAUAUUCCUAUAGAAGAAAAUAAGUAUAUUCACAAAGCUCCUCCUAUAUUGGAUAAUGAUUAUUCAAAUAAAUUUUAA